AGCGCCGCGACUUGUUUUCUCAGGGCAGCCGCCUUGGCGAGUGUUAUUGAUCAACCAAAAAUGGAUACAUAUGGGGCGAUGGAUCUCUUUCUGUUCGGUCUUGCGGCACGCCAGCAACAUUGCGUCCGGAGAUGUAUUUAGAUAAAUAGUGGCAAAACGGCAAGAGCGCACAGUGGUUCCCAAACACCGGCCACCGAAGAGGGAAGUCUGCUGAAUGGACCAAAAUUUUCUAUCGUAACUAGAAGAUGCCAGCAACCGUUUGGCUGUCCUGGAGAGAGGUGUGUUGAAUGAGUCUAAUAGUUACGCUGUACUAAACACAUCAUUUUGGUUGGAAAUACAACGCCAAACAGGCUCUAGCACAGCAAAGAAGGCGCAACGCUCAGCCCACGCCGAUCCAAGAUGGUUGCCGCCACCUCCUUGGCUCGGCGCCAGCAGUCGCGAGGCCAAAAAGAGCCGCGCGUGCGCAGCAGCAGUCUCCGACGGAUGUUCGGCUUUUCCUCCUCGGGCUCAAAGGCCAAAACCGCGAAAGCCACGGAAAGCAACAACGCUGACCCGAACGUCCAGAGAACGCCGACGACUCGCGGCGGGAACUACAAAAGCGCCGCACCCCUCGCAACCACGCCAAACCAGUCUCCUCUCCCGCCGACUGGAGAGAAGUUGUCUCGAAGUGCAGUCCAGAAGAAGAGCUACGGGAGCAGUGUUUCUUCUGGCGGACAACUACACCAGCACGCCGAACAGAGUCAGCAGCAGCAUCAAAUAAACUUCGCUUUUAAUGCGACUGGGGCAAUGUUCACGCCGGACAAGAUCAAGACUUUUUCUACUACCCAAGCCGACCAAAGCUCUCAAUUCGCUGACAAAGAUAACUCCGGCCGCAACCGGCCACGCGUGCGAACAGGGACUCGCGAGGUCGUGAAGAAAAGUAGUCUCGUCUACGGCGGACCGUCGAAAAUGACGAACGAACAACAAAUUUCAACACGGCAAACGGCAACUCGACCUGCGCCCUUAGCUCAAGCAACCACCACCUACAAUCCUGCAGCGCGCGUUCCGACUUUUGUCGGUGUCCCCAUGGUCGUCCCGAUGCCGCGCUUGUCGCCGGACAGAAAAGAGGAGCAGAUACAGAACACCCCCUUUCCCUCCUUUCUCGACUUGGAGAAGCAGCGGGGCGCCUCUCCGCCGGCCGCGCUGUCGCCGCUGCUUUCACCGCUGGUCGUGCCGAAGUUGAACGCCAAGCCUGUGGUGUGGUUCGGUUCGCCGUCGCCGAAACAGGAAGUGCGGAGUGGCUGUGGUUCUACUUCCGGAGCGCCGUCGCCCGGAGCGGUGGGUGAUCAGAGGGGACACGACGUCGACGUUGGUCCGACGCAUCGUGGUUCGCCGCCGGCGGAAACAAAUAAACAAGCUACACGAGGAGGACCGGUUGCAUCAGCAGGACCAGAUCUACGUGAAGACAUAGUAGACGUAGACGAGGAUGAAAUCGCAACGCAAGUCGUUCGCGAGGAAGUUGACGAGCGAUGUCAAGAUCAAAAAAUACAGCUGCACGAUCAACAACGAAUUUCUACGCCAGUUGAACAUCAAAAUGAAUUCCUCCUCGACCACCCCGAAGACCAAAACGAGCACCCCCGGGUCGAGAGUCCGACUCCCUCGACGCUGGUUUCCGCGAACUUCGCCACGGCAGAUGAAGGAGAAAUACAAGCGGAACAGGAGCUAAUAUUGAGCAGAAAAACUACAAACGCAGCUGGCUGUGCCUUCACGCCUCCACCAGUGGAUGAAAAUAAAACCGCAGUUGUAGAGAGACCACUCCGCCCGGUGAAUUUGCUGCAGCAAGACGUUUUGCAAAUCUCCACCGCGAGCAUGGAUUUGCUGGCUUCGUCGCGUGGUCGGAAAUUCGCCAUGGAGCAACAGGAACAACAAGAGCAGAAGCAGCAGCGGGUGAAGAAGAUGAUGGUGGCUACAACUCCGGGUAAGUAGCUGCUUUUUGACAGAUGUAAAUGUUCAGAAAACUGUGAAGAACUACGUCAUGACAUGUUAGAGGUACUUCAUAUGCGCGGGGCAAAUUCAUUGCUUCAACUUCAUUCCAAAAAAUUAUGACCCUCAGUCCGUUCCCCUUCCUCCCCCUGGCGGAUGCCGAAGUUGAAUCUGACGCCGCGAAGUGCUGUAGCUCCGAAAACACCAAUCCCGGCCAAGGUCCUCCCGGACGCGCGGCGCUUCUCGAUCAACUUGCCCUCGCCGCGGACGCACAAUCUCUGCGGGAGCUUCACCCCAAGGGGAAGAAAAAAAACGGAUAGCAACAGUCAGAAUGGUCUUCAGCCGGAGUUUGUCGCGCGGACGGGUGGAUUCUUGGGUACUACACGGUUUCGUUUACUUAGUGAAACUUAAGCUGAUGAACGCUGCAUGUGCAGUGCAGCUGCGUGCCACAAGUCUUGUUCACAUGAAACAAAAUUCGCUUCCAAAUACUUAAUUGAACAACAGACUCGCCAAACAUUUCUGGUCUUAGUAUCGGAUCCACGCCACUUCUGAAACUCGGAAGACCGCCGGCGUUGCCUGCAGCUGCUGCCGUUAUCGUGGAAGAGUCGAAGGUGAGAUUGAGAUGUAAGUGGUUUUUUCGGAGAUUCGUCCUUCGUAGAGGUGUUCUCAAAUAUCAACAAAUGCUGUUUCUUUUCGCUUCUGUGAAUUGCGGCUCUAUUCAACAUCAAAAUUUCCGGAAACGCUAUUUAUUUUUCAUGCCCAGGUAAUUCCUGAUUCCGCGAAUUUGCCUUGUUUCACCGCCGUUGCGCCAAAGACUCCUGUGGAAAUGGUAGAGCCAGCGGAAGUAGUUGAAGUUCUUGCUCUACGACCUCUGAACAGUCAGGAACAAAACGUGCUGUCUGAACAAGGAGAAGGACCACCUUUGCGCCAAAAUUGUAAUAAAAUUGAUCCCCCAGCAUCCCCCGGCAGUUCCUCUCGUUCCAUCCAAACCGCAGCGGGCCAGCAAGAGGAGGCAGGGGAUAAGAAUUUUGUCGCUGUUGCUGGGGAAGAUCAAGAUCAACUACAGGUGCCUUCACACCAGGCAGCAAAUGGUAUAGCUGCAGUGGACCUAGAACCUUCAGUUGUCGCAGCGUGCGAAAAUAGCGCAACCUCUGGUCUCCCAGCGGAAGUGUCGGAAGCAGUAGAGGAAACCCCAACUGCUGUAAACAUCGUCGAGAUCAAAUCGCCGGACGAACCGCACCAAGCAGUGAACUCAACCCCGCGAUCCGAAAGUAAUUCCUCGCCCCAAGAAGACGAACAACCCGAGGAGGACGACGAUGAUGGCCCAGCUGCGAAGUUCGCGUAUAUCAACCGUAAAAAUGUCUGGGUCUGGAAGAAUGCAAGAUUUGUCAUGCAUAUUUGUCAUGACCCACGAUGCCUGUAAUGCAUGCCCCAGCAUCACAGGUUUUUUAUAGGAUUUUUGAUGCCCAUUCCGCAUGACAAAUGCCUUCUCCGCGUAGCAAAAAUUAGACUCUGUUUGCUGCUCAUGCAACACAAAUUUUUUAGACAUCGAAACACAGCAUCACAAGUUGCAUUCUUCCAGACCCAGACAUUUUUGCACUUAAUAUUUUUGAAACGCCCGGCUCUGGAUCGCCGAGCGCCUCGUCGCUGUGGAUCGGGGCUGUUUCCCCGAACGUCAGAAAAUCCCCAAUCCCAAGACCCUAUCAAAUGCAAAAAUGUCUGGGUCUGGAAGACUGCCAGGUUUGUCAUGCAGAUCCUGUAUGAUCCAUGACGCCGUUCAUGCAUGGUCUAGCAUCACAGAUUUUUAGAGGGCUUCCUAAUGCGUACCCCGCAUGAGAAAUGCCCUCUCCGCUUAGGACAAACCCGACCCCUCUUGCUGGUCAUGCAAUGCAAAUUUUUUUAGAAUCCAAACACAGCAUGACAAGUUCCAGCCUUCCAGACCCAGACAUUUUUGCAUUUGAUAGACCCCCUCCAUCAGCCACUUUGCUUUGCACCUGAUCCGUCGACACGACCGCCGCCGCCGCGGAGCUGCCCCACGUCGCCUCGAUGAUUUUCAAUUUGCCCCCGACCUCCGCGUUCGCGACCCACACGCGAUUAUCGCAAGAAAAAACUGUUUCACUGUAAACUUGUUACGCAUAAAAUGGAACACAGAAGCAUUUGACUUGCUACACAUGCAAGAAAGUGGAUUUUUAGCUGUGUUUUCCCUUAGGAAGCUUGCAUGGCAAAUUUUCUCUGUCAUGCGGAACAAACUUGUGAUGCAAAAGUUGCAAAAUCCUUACAGUGAAAGACUUUUUUCCUGUGAUAGCGGUCGCAGGAGUUGUAAUACGACAACACAAACUCCUCGCUCUCGUCCUCCUCCUCGUUCGCUAUGCAAGAAAAAAACUGUGUAAGUGUAGCUUUGUCUUGCAGAUGUUGCAAUACAGUUACACUUGUCAUGCCGGAUAUGCAUCAGAGGCUAUUUUAGUACGUGUUUUAGCAUACUAGCUACGCAUGACAAGUUUUCUGUCAUGAAAAACAAAUCUGUGAUGCUGUUCCUGCAAAAAAGUUACACUUACACAGUUUUUUUCUUCGAUAUUCGCCCCCGCUGCGUCAGUAGUUGCCGUGUUCUUCUCGACGUCCGCGGACUCCAGCUCGUCCAGCUGUUGAAUGUGCGUGAAGUCGGGCGGCAUCAUGUGCGCCUUGCGGUGUUCGAUGUACUUCGCGACCGCGCUAGCGUCCGCACGCGCCCACGCUUCGUCGCACCGCAUCUUGCUCCGGGACGUGGACUGGCUCCAGCAAACGGUAUCGCUCUUCCCGAGGAGGAAGAAGUAAAUGCCCCGCUUCAACAACGUCCGCUUCAUGCUCGGGUGCAGCGCCCCGGCCAACUCGUCACAGUCCUUCUUCAUCGCAGCCACCAUUUCGAUGUGAAACUGCACGUCGUCCUCCUCCCGCCACUCCUUGCAGUAGGCGAACCCGCCCGGCCAGAAGUGCAGGCCGUCCGAAUAUGGAUUGCAAAAGUGUCUGGGUCUGGGAGAGUCAUGCUGUUUUUGCAUGACACAGAAGGUCUGGCAUGGAAGCUCUGGCAUCACAGGUCGCGAGAAGCUUCCGCAAUGCCGAAUCCGCAUGACAAAUCCCCCACUUUGGUGACAGAAAGUGGGCAGCUUUUGCUACCUCUGCUUGAGAGAUUUUUCUGUGAUCUGAAAUGCGCAACACAAGUUUGCAUUCUUCCAGACCCAGACAUUUUUACAUUUGAUAGCGUACACGCCGGAGCGGUAUCUUGACGUCCGCACGCCUUCGCCGCCGUCGACUGCUGNAGACUCUGUUUGCUGCUCAUGCAACACAAAUUUUUUAGACAUCGAAACACAGCAUCACAAGUUGCAUUCUUCCAGACCCAGACAUUUUUACAUUUGAUAGCGUACACGCCGGAGCGGUAUCUUGACGUCCGCACGCCUUCGCCGCCGUCGACUGCUGGAAAGGGCGGGGCGGAGCCGGGUCAGAGUAAUAAAGACGAAAGAGUUACUACGCAGGAACUUCCUGUUUCCGCCGCGACACCAGGACCAGUAGGCACCAAUCGCGUACUGGAAAUGUUGACUGCAGACGAGCAGGAUGAAAAGAAUGAUGCGGGAGCACAACCAUCUUCAUCCUUGAAAUCGGAGUGUGUAGAGCGGGAAGUAGACUACAAAGAGGACCAACAGGAUCAUCUUCACGUGACCGCGUGGGCGACAAAGCUCGUGGAUUUUGUCAUGACGGUGGCAGCGCGGAAGGCUGCCGUCGACCACGACCAGGGGGCCACGGACCCAAUGCCCGCAGCCAAAACCUCCAGGACCGUCGGCCGAGUCGCGCGGGCAUUCGGAAGUGCAACUUCUACGGCAGAGGAGGCACUACCAGACACCGUCGCAGGCGAUGAAACUUCGACACAAGGCGCCAGCAAAGACAACGCUGAAGCGGAAAAAAGAGAAACAAACACCGCGAAAACGCCGCCGACUACACAGCAAAUAGUCGAGUCACCACGACCAGGUUCGCGUGCUGACCGCAGCAGUACGGAAAAUACGGAAAGAACUGAAGCAGCCACUUCUACUACCGCGGUUGUUCCACCCAGCGCCGCGAAGAAGGCUUUGGUCAUCCUCGGCGGUGAGAGUCGGUCCGCCGAGGAAGAGGCGACGACCGAGUACAUUCGCGCUGCCGCGUCUCCGUCCGAUAUCGUGACCACGCCCAUUGCGGAUUUGGACCAGCUGUUGCUCGUGACCUGCAACUCGGCCGGCGUGUAUAACAGCGGUUCUUGCGCUAUGUCAGAAGCUGGAUCCAUUUCGUCCCCAGCUUGCAACCUGUUCGCAACCUCCCUCUCCUGCGCCCCGGACCAAAUGCAGCUGCAAGAGUCCUUUUACUCCGUCUGCACGGCCGGUGUGCCAGCGGCGAGUUGUGUGGCGGCAGGCGGUAAGAACGAGGGUGACAAUCAGCAAAAGGAAGCAUCAUCGCCCAUAGAGGGUGAGGAUGGGCAGCUGUUUCAAUCUCCCGGUGGAACGACCAUGAGGGAAGUUAUCUGCAGUUCGCCGGUCCAGAAAUUUGAACCAACGGAGAUAGCGGAACAAGGAAGCGAGGUUGGGACGACGACCGCGCUUCGUCCGGGAGAUACGGCUGCGGCGGGAAUAAAUGCGUCGACACAGGCUGCUCCGGUGUCUUCUGCUUCGGAAGUUUUUGCAGAGGGAGCGAAGGUCAGUGAAGUAGUAUCUAUGUUGAUCUUCAUCGUCAUCUGCAACUCUUUCUCUCGUCGUCCGAUUUCUGUUCUCCUUCAAGACCGACCCGAAUUUGACAUCGGUAAAAUAAGAAAUUAUUGCUGUCCUCACAUUAUCGUUCUCCCAUUAAGCAAAACAAAAACUUCAGGUCAUCACUAGUACCAGCAGCAAUGUACCAGUCAACGAAGACCACGAUGAAGACGCGAACAACUUCGCCGCCGAAGUAGAGGAGCCAGACGCGUACGCGAGUUCGCCUGAGGUGGCGACCAUUUGUGGCGAUUUGAUCGACAGUCUACGGGACCGGGCCCUCCUGCUGCAGCCGACUUCGCCGCCGUUGGAGCGACAGGAAGUAGUAGAGAAACAGCAGGACAAUUUGUCUUCAAGGGUUGAUGUUCCUGUACGAGACGAUAAUGAUCCUGAACAAGCGCCAAGUGGCCGUUUUCCAGUGUGGUCUUCUUCAAAGCAAUGUCGUAGUCGACCGCCAUCUCUCUCACCCGACGGUGCGUCUUCAACAACCUCCAGUAUGUACAAUAACUCCGGAACAACUGCGGCGGAGAGAAAAAAGAUCCUCCCCGCGAUGCCGAAGCUUGGGUGGCAGCUGCCGCCGCUGGCGCCAACGAAGACGCCAACUAGGAAUAGUGGGAACAGCAACGCGAAAAGCGGCAGCACACUUUCCGACCGCCGUCCACCCGUACUCUCGGGAACUGGUAGUAGCAGCAGGGAAAAGAGUCGGCAACGUGAUCCGAUUCUCGCAGAGGAAUAUUCACCCGGUGGUCGUCACGGCCCCGGAACGACAGCACGCGGGACGUCGAUGAGCAGUUACAUCUUGCAAAGCCCGCGGGGAAUUCUGCGAAGCCCCAGCAUUUCCGGCUUCCAAGCAAGCCCGCUGCUGAAGCUCUUCCCAACAAGUAGACUGGGGAUAGAACGAGAUUCGGAAGUGGAGGUACUAGCGAAAGAUGAUAAAUCAUGCGGUGAACAACAAACACCGUCCAGCAGCGUCGCCAGCGCCACAACACCCACCAGGACAGGGAAAAGUAAAAUGAACUCGAAAGAAUCGCAAGGACACUACAACGAUAAAAAAAGCACCGUUUUUGUGGCGGAACAGGAAAGCGGUGCUUCUUCAAACAAAAAAGACGACCCGCAGAUGAGAAACAUUGUUCAAAACCGUAACGAAAGACAACGACCGCCAAGAUUGCAGCUGAACCUCCAUGCCCCGGCGCUUGUCUCCUCUCCCGGAUCCUGCACAGUGUCCUCCAUUUCCGCGUUGUCGAACCGUAGUAGCGACUUGCGGAACAUUCGACCAGACGACAUCUUGCCUGAAAAGAGAAAAAAUGGGAAUUCCUUUUUCAUCCCUGCCUCGCCGAGGUGCGACAUGAUUUCCAACAACAGCGAGAGGCCUCCAAAGCUGAAACUGUCCGGCCUGCCACCUCCGUCGCCGGUGGUCACAAGUGCGAGCAGUCUCUGCAUGACGCCCCGGUCUCUGAGCUCCAUCGGGGCGAAGCUGGAACUGGCGCGGCAGCGGUCAACUUGUUCCUAGGCGGGAAUGUUCUCGAUGAGGGGAGGAAACGCAGUUGCUGGCGCGUAGGAGCGACGCUCAUUUUUCGUGUCGGUAGUACUCUCAAGAAAAGUAAUAUCACCUGACUUUUUUGUAAAAAAUCAAUCUGGUCAACCGGUCAAAUAGCAGUGGAAAUAGAACCAAGCAUUGGUAUCGCAAAGUAGAAUUCGGACGGUCAUCUGUCACUGAAAAAUCAAUCUUUUUCGCCCACUAAAUAUCGUUUGGCUGGAGCUUCUAUGGAUGUCAUAUACCUGGUUUCAUCAGAUUUUCCUAUGUAGAAAGCAAUUGUACUAAAUUAGGACUGGUAAGUAGUUUUUCAGCAGCAAUUACUAAUGUCUUCAGAAAUUUGGUCACAACAUUGCAACAGCAUUGAACGACUUUGUUGUGUUGUAAAAUGAAUCUUCUGCUUCUGCUUGCAUGAAUGUCCUUGUUAGACCGCUCAGCACAUCAGGCUGAUAACCAUGUUUCCACUAAACACUAAC